AUGAUCCAACUAUCCCCAUUGUUGCUACUCCCAUUAUUCUCAGUAUUCAACUCCAUUGCUGAUGCUUCAACUGAAUACCUUAGACCUCAAAUCCAUUUAACCCCAGAUCAAGGUUGGAUGAAUGAUCCGAAUGGGAUGUUUUAUGAUAGGAAAGACAAGUUAUGGCAUGUUUAUUUCCAACAUAAUCCAGAUAAGAAAUCAAUUUGGGCUACACCUGUCACUUGGGGUCAUUCCACUUCAAAAGAUUUAUUAACUUGGGAUUAUCACGGUAAUGCAUUAGAACCUGAAAAUGAUGAUGAAGGUAUCUUUUCAGGCUCAGUUGUUGUUGAUAGAAACAAUACCUCAGGUUUUUUCAACGAUUCUACGGAUCCAGAACAAAGAAUCGUGGCCAUUUAUACAAAUAAUGCUCAAUUACAAACUCAAGAAAUCGCAUACUCAUUAGAUAAAGGUUAUUCAUUCAUCAAAUAUGACCAAAAUCCAGUUAUCAAUGUUAAUUCAUCUCAACAACGUGAUCCAAAAGUUUUAUGGCAUGAUGAAUCAAAUCAAUGGAUUAUGGUUGUUGCCAAAACACAAGAAUUUAAAGUUCAAAUUUACGGUUCCCCAGAUUUGAAAAAAUGGGAUCUAAAAUCAAAUUUCACUUCAAAUGGUUAUUUAGGAUUCCAAUAUGAAUGUCCUGGUUUGUUCAAAUUACCAAUUGAAAACCCAUUAAAUGAUACUGUCACUUCGAAAUGGGUCUUGUUAUUAGCAAUUAACCCGGGCUCUCCAUUAGGUGGUUCGAUUAAUGAAUAUUUCAUUGGUGAUUUUGAUGGUACUACAUUCCAUCCAGAUGAUGGUGCUACAAGAUUCAUGGACAUUGGUAAAGAUUUCUAUGCAUUUCAAUCUUUUGAUAACACUGAACCGGAAGAUGGUGCUUUAGGUUUAGCAUGGGCUUCUAAUUGGCAAUAUGCAAAUACUGUACCAACUGAAAAUUGGAGAAGUUCAAUGUCUUUGGUUAGAAAUUAUACUUUGAAGUAUGUUGAUGUUAAUCCUGAAAAUUAUGGGUUGACCUUGAUUCAAAAACCACCUGUUUUCGAUACCAAAGAGACAAGAAAGAAUGAUACCUUAAAAUCAAUUGAUACAGUCAACGAAUAUGAAGUCACUGAUUUGAAGUUGGAUAAAUAUUCGAAUGUUGCAACUGAUUUCAACAGUUGGAGAAACUCAACAGGUAUUCUUGAGUUCACUUUAAAAUUCACUCAAACAAAAUUUGGGUUCAGCUAUUCAAAUGAUACAACAUUUGGUAUCUUCAUCAACUCUCAAACUGUCAGAGGUACUCAAGAAACAUUAAAAGUUGCAUUUGAUGCCCUAAGUUCAAGUUGGUACGUUGAUCGUUCAACACAACAUCCUUUCCAAAGAGAAACUUCAAUGUUUACUGAAAGGUUAUCAACUUAUGUUGAAAAAAUGGAUGAAAGUGACGAUGGUAUUGAGUUCUCAUUACACGGUGUUGUUGAUAGAGAUAUUUUAGAGUUGUACUUCAAUGACGGUUCAAUUGCAAUGACAAGUACAUUCUUUUUCAGUCAAGGUAAGAUUCCAACCAGUUUAGCAAUUGUAACUGAUGCUGAAGAAUCGUUCAUCACUAUUAAUGAGUUCGUUGUCAAAGAGUUGGGAUUUAAAUAG